AUGCUAUUACUGAUUCUAUUUACAAUUAUUUCAAUUACUUCAACCACAUCAAUUGAAAAUGAUUCAGAUCAAGUUUUCCAACCACAAUUUGAUCGAUUAUAUGAAACUGUGUCUGUUGUUGUCGGUAAACGAGCGUUAUUACCAUGUUACGUCUCAUUAAAAGAUGUCAAGAACAACGGCAUGGAUACGUUCAAAAUUAUAUGGAUGAAAUUAAAUAAUAGUUCGAUUUUAACAAUGGAAGAUCGAGCAAUCAAUGGUGAUCCGAGAAUAUCAUUGUUACAUGCAUAUGCUGACGAGUGGAAUUUACAAAUUGAUGACAUUGAUGAAGAUGAUGCCGGAACCUAUCGAUGUUUUGUUAAUAAUGGAAAGUAUAAAACAGUCAGCCUGGAUGUCAAAGUUCCACCAAAGAUUGUGGACGAAUUAACAACAGUGCCUUAUCCACCUUCGAUUCGUGUCGGCUCGAAUUUUACAAUAAAAUGUCAUGCACAUGGCAAACCAACACCAAACAUUCGUAUUCUCGCGUAUGACCAAGCUGAAAAUCCAAGAAUUAUAAGUGAUAAGAAUGAAGUUACGAUUUACAAUAUAUCUCGUCAUACAGAGCGUCACUAUGAAUGUAUUGCCAGCAAUGGUUACCCACCGGAUGUUGCUCGUUCUGUUCAGCUAACUGUUCAAUAUCCACCUGAAAUAAAUCUUUUCAUCAACGAUGAAAUUGUCACCAAUAUGUUAUUUAUCAAUUCCAAUGCGAAUGACAUACGUCUGAAAUGUCGAGUUAUAAUGAAUCCGUUUGAGAAAGUCUUUUGGCUGAAGGAUAAUCAGAAAGUCGAGUGGAAUUACCAAAUUUAUCAUCUUGAUAAAUACAUUAUAUUGGAGAUGAUUAUCGAUGAUUUGAGAGGUGAUUAUCCGGGAGAAUAUUCAUGCGUUGCUUCAAAUUUGCUUGGAAGAACUUCGCAAACUGUCCAAAUUAUCUCAUUAUCACCAACGACAACAACCAUGAAAAUGGAGAGAAUCACUUCGAGACAUAAACGACCAAAACCAAUGAGAACAACAACAACAACGACAGCAGAUGCAUCAUUGGAUUUCUAUUCUACCGAAAGUCUAAGAACGAUGACUCUUUCUUCUAACGGCUCUCAAUAUACAUCUCCACUGAUGAUCAUUAAAAUUCAAUGUAACUGUGAUAUGAAUCAACAUCUUUGUUUUCUCUCAGUGAUGUCAAUGCUCGUUCUCUUGUCGCUCUAUACAUAUAUAUAUUUGUUUUAUAUUUUCUUCUCCUUCUUAUCUGAUUGUCUGUUAAAAUAA